AUGCCUGAACUUAAACUUUAUUUGUAUUCACACUCGAUUUGUGAAAAACAUUAUAACCAAGUAAUUUUUACUAAUUAUUUUUAUAAUCACCUUUUAGAUAAUCCUGCUUUAAAAAAUAAGAGAGCCCAAUCUGACACAAGCUCUGAUGAUUCUGUUUAUGAAGAAAAUGAUGAAUUGUAUACAGAAACGAGGUGUAUAGAAACUUAUGAGUGUACAAUUGCAGAAUUGCAGCAACAACUACAAGAACAAGAAAAUAGAGAGCUCAUUAUUAUUACAGAAUUUCAACGGAACAUCAAAAACCAAGAUAGUAAAUUUGAUAAGAAUAAGAAACUAGUUGAGCAAUGGAAUUCUUGA